UUUCAGUAACAAGCAGGUUACGAAUUAUCACAGUUUUAAGUAUGAUGUCAUUUUACUGAAUCAUCUUUUUUCUUGUUUUGUGUCUUAUUGUUACUUACAACUAUCACACAGCUAAAGAACUAAUCAAAUCUGAAAGCGAACACCAGCCAAUUGUGGGAAAAAUUUGUAGUUCAGGAGGAUAAUUUCACAAUGACGUAUUUUCUAAGCUUGUUUGAACUCAAAAUAUGUCAAUUGUCUGUAUUUUUCUUUAGACUUUCCUAUCAAAUUUCGUUUUCCAUUGCUCAUGUAUAUGUCUAGUGGAUUCCGUGUUAUUUUUUACGCUUUAAUACUGUAUUCUUUUGUUAAUUAAGUCUUCAUAGAUUCUAAAUUACAAACUGAUCUUAGCUAGACCACCGUUGAAAACGUAGAUGCAUUGGAUUAUUGUUUCAUCCUAAUAUUAUGCUUUAACAGUGCUCAUACACAACCCCGCAUCUCAGAAUCAAACCUAAGGCCUUCGAUGUCGCAUAAGAAAUUUUAAUCUCGAAACUAUGGUGUCAGAUCCAAUGGUUUACUAGUCUAACUUCAAUCCACGAUAUUAAGCGACCAUUUUCCAUUACCUUCAGUAGAUAACUCUCACAUCCAAUAUGGUUGGACUCUACUAGCCACUGCUUUUCACUAUAACUCCAGGGAUAUCAUCUAGAAGUUAAUCACUUGUGAGCACGUGAUUAGUAUCAAUGUAGGGCUUUGUAGAGAUUAAAAAACUUUCAUAGAUUACAAGCCACAAACUGGUCUUAAUUUUUGUUUCCCUUAACCAAUUUAAAAUAUGUUACAAAAUUUCAAGUAUUAGAUAAUAAUGCGAUCGGUUAUGAUUUCUUUUUCGUGUUUGUUGAUCUAUUAAUAAUGCUACAAAAUAAUGGAUCUUUUUUUCUGUGAUUAAAUAAUAUUCAUAUACAUUCAUGGGAGUUGUGCUUGUUAGCUAUAUAUCCUGUUCAUUUAUUUUAGCUGUGAUGUUUUCAGUAGUUUUGUUGAAAGCAGUUACGGUGUAUUUUGUUCUAAGAUCUUUCGUAUCGCAAUGUGUAUUUCAUGUUCAAUGUUUCAUAGUAUUCAUUAUUUGUUCGAUUAGUAUUGAAUUUUGGUGAAUGUUCUUUCAUUGUUCCUGUUCGUUAUUUUUAUUAAUUCUUCGACUUAGUAGUAAGUUGAAUAAUUCAUUUUAUUUCUCAUUGUUUCUCUGCUAUUACGUUGUACAUAGUUAUAAGUGCUUUUCUAUUAUGUUAUAGGUACAUGUCCCAUUAUUAAAAGAAACACAAACAGAUUACAGCAAUGAAAAAACUAUGAAGGUGCCGUUAAAUACAGAUACGAAUUAUCACUUGGAAACUAAAAGUACAAUACCUGAAAAGUUGAUCAAUAGAAAGAAAUCUAAUUCAUCGGACAAUGAAAUCAGAAAUUUUCAAUCUUUCUUGAGAAAAUUGCUCUGUGAUAUUUUAACCAGAGAACUAUUGCCUAAUAAAUAUAAAGAUGAACCAAACAUGAUUCAGUCAACCGUUUCUUCCAAUCACAACCGAUAUUGUAAUACAUUGAGUCCACAGAAUCCUAUCAGCGCCAUCAAUGACAGAAUUUACAAUCCCGAUUCUUCAAAUACUGAAACAAAACUAUCUUUUAAUAACGAAAAUUAUGAACAAGCUAUUUCAACCCCAUGUUUUUAUCCUAAUUUCUUGAAUGAAUUACAAUCACUAUUGCGCAAUAACUGUUAUUCAGACGAUAUGAAGGGAAGUGAUCAUCAACCGACUGUAAUGCAAAUUUUAACCGAUGGGAAGAAUAGUUCGUUGUAUACAUGUUUGGACAACUCAACAUCAUCGUUAUUGGAAAUUAAUUCGAACAAUCAAUUGAAAACUCCUUUACUUGGUAUGCAUAAUUCAAACGAUAAGUUAUUGUGUCCGGAAGUGAUAGAGAAAAAUUCAGUGGAUACUAGUAAACCACAACAUUCACAAAAAUCAUCAUAUCAUUCAUUGGCAGAGACAUCUAUGAGUCAAAUGUCAAAGGAUUCCAUAAAUAAUAACGAUACUGUUAAUACUACCGCUACUACUGUAUUCUCUCCUAAUUUUUUACAUUCAAUACAUAGUUCAGUAAAAAAUCAUAACAUUCAAAAUUCAACGUUUGAUUCUUUAUUGUUGGUAUGUAGUCAACCAUAUACAACAGUGUCAAUUGAUUCAAAAUCAUCGACGUUAACUUCAUCAACAUGUACUACUCACAGACAGCAACAAUAUACAUCAGUGGAAACAUCUGUUUCAUAUCCAUCAAGUCCUUUAUUCAAAUAUCGAUAUCCAAUAGAUGAUCACAAAUUUUCGAGUACACCUCUUCAUUCAUCAUUAUUUUCACCGACUCAUAUCAUGCCAGAAAAAAGUUUUGAUGCCACCAUUAUUACUUCUACCACUCCUGUUACUACUAUUAUUACUACUAAUUCGAAAAUGAAUGAACAAACUAUAACACAUCAGUCUCAUUUACCUUUUAUGAACACUUCGAUUGCUCCUAAUCAAAUAAAUACCACUAAUGUUAAUCAGAUUUCUAUGUUUAAUAAUAAUGAUAAUAAUAAUAAUAAUACUCUUGUUCAAAGUUAUUCCGACCUACUAUUUAUGGAUGUUGAUAAUUAUCAAUGUGAAAAUUCAUCAAGCUGUAAACAAACUGUGUCGAAUAUUACUAAUAACUGUACUACAUUUAACACAUUUUCAUCUGUACGAACACUUACUUCUAAUAAACAUAGUAAUACCACUUCUACCACUACUAAUGAUACUAACAAAAGUAGUAGUAUUAAUAGUUCACUUAUUCAGCAUAGAACUUCAAAUGGUUUAUAUGUAUGCAUGGUAUGUUCUCGUCAGUUUACUCGUUCUGAUAUGCUUGUAAGACAUGCUCAUGUGCAUACAGGUCAUAAACCAUUUGAAUGUAUAAUAUGUGGUCAAGCAUUUAGUCGAUCUGAUCAUUUAUCUACACAUCAACGAACACAUACUGGUCAAAGACCGUAUCAAUGUUCAUUAUGUUAUUAUUCUGCAUCUCGACGUGAUAUGAUUACAAGACACUUAAGAGUACAUCAAAGAAAAGGUCAACUAGUUUCAACCAAUGAAAGUGGUGGACCUAUGAAAUUACAUUUCACUAUAAACUUUUCACAGCCUUCUAAGUUUCCUAUCAAACAGAAAGAAGACAGAAAUACUUGUUCUGUAGUGAAUGUAACAGAUAAUCGUUUCUCAGUCAUAUCAUCACAGUCUCCUCAUUUCAAUAGUAUUCAUUAG